AGGGCCAGCCCCGUGGGAACUUUUGACUGCUGAACACGAUCGUCCGUCUUCUUCGUCUGAUCCUGCUCCUCUUUUCUUUUCCUUUUCUUUCUUUCUUUUUCUUUGAUCUGCUGCCGUUCGGCGAGGGAAUCCUGAGUCCUCGUUCGACUGUUGUCCGCCCUGCAAAGUCAAAGACCGCCAACGCCAACGAAACGCCCCUCUGAGAAUCCAAGCAGGCAAUGGCGAGCAAGGCAACGAACAUCACGUGGCACCCGUCGCUGUCGCGCGCGGAGAGACAGUCACUGCGGAAGCAGCGCGGUUUCACCAUUUGGUUCACAGGUCUCUCCGCGUCUGGCAAGUCCACCAUCGCCGUCGCGCUGGAGCAGCACCUGCUCCACCUCGGAUACAGCGCCUACCUCCUGGACGGCGACAACAUCCGCUUCGGCCUGAACAAGAACCUCGGCUUCAGCCCCGACGACCGCACGGAGAACAUCCGUCGCAUCUCGGAGGUGGCCAAGCUGUUCGCCGACAGCACGACGAUCGCGCUGACCAGCUUCAUCAGCCCGUACAAGGCCGACCGCCAGGCCGCGCGCGACCUGCACGCCGCGCCCGGCGCCAGCUCAGGCGGCAAGAACGAGGACCCCAUCCCCUUCGUCGAGGUGUUCGUCGACGUGCCCGUCGAGGUCGCCGAGCAGCGGGACCCCAAGGGCCUGUACAAGAAGGCGCGGGCCGGGGAGAUCAAGGAGUUCACGGGCGUGAGCGCGCCGUACGAGGCACCCGAUGCCCCGGAGGUCCACAUCAGGAACGUGGAUCUGAGCGUGGAAGACGCGGUUGCGCAGAUUGUGCGGUACCUCGAGCAGAAGAAGCUCCUGGAGCGACCUGGCGUCGUGGCGGUGGACAAGAAGGCGGAGGCACAGAGACUCCGGGAGGCGGUCGGAAUGGUCGACAUAUAGAAAAGGGGAAAGAAGGAAAACCAAAGAAAAAGAAAAAGAAAUAGAAAAAAAAAGGAGAAUAGAAAAGAAAAGGACGGAGGCGACGCUUAACCGUUGCUCGCCGGUCCGUCUUGUAGAGAACUUUGCAUAAACCAUCAUCUCAUGCCGGUCGGCUGCUUCGAAGCCACCGAGAAAUUGUCCUUUAUCUACACAUUUGCAUGCGCGUGCGCCAAGCCAAGCCAGAAAAAAAAAAGGAAGACACGAAUAAUCCAGAUGUUCCAGCG